AGAGAGAGAGAGAGAGAGAUCAACCAGUAAUCACCAUCGUCUCUCACACACACACACACACUGCCAUGGUCUCUCCGACACGCAAAACCACCAACAAAGCUUCUCAUUUUCUACCCGGGGGUGAAACUUUGACGCCGUCUAACGAAGCCAUGCGGCCGAAGGUUAAAGCCCCUCGGGUGUAAGCUACACCGGAGACCAGAAAGUAGCCACCACCGUACGGAAACCACAAAGAAGAAGAAGAAGAAGAAGAAGAAGGAGCCGUCGGUGUUUUUUUUUUUUUUUUUUUUCACGCUCGGAGGGAAAGACGGCAUCCGGCCUGAGAAGAAGCUCCGAGGUCGGGGACUCCGGUCGGAGUAACGCUCAUCGUUUCUGGCCUCCCCUUCCUGAGAGCUCCAUGGAGAAAAUGAAGCGGUUCAAGCGGCGCCUCUCUCAGACGCUGCGAGGUAGCCACACCAUCGACGAGUCGCUGUCAGAGCUGGCUGAACAGAUGACCAUCGAGGAGAACGGCCUGAAGGACAGCGAGCCCAUAGUGAGGAAUGGCCGUCCUCCGUCAGCCCACAGUGUCCACUCCUUCCUCCACCAGUACACAGGCUCCUUUAAGAAGCCGCCACUGAGGCGGCCUCAGAGCGCCAUCGGGGGAGGCCUGGGUUCGCUCAUGGUCAUGCCUCGCAACGGUAGUCGCCUCGAUAUCGUCCAUGAGAACCUGAAGAUGGGGUCGGACGGGGAGAGCGACCAGGCGUCCGGGACUUCCUCCGAUGAGGUGCAGUCGCCCACGGGUGUUUGUCUGAGGAACAGAGGGAACAGACGCAUCUCUGCAGAGGACCUGAACAAACGUCUCUCCCUGCCAGCCGACAUCCGGAUACCUGACGGUUACCUGGAGAAGCUGCAGCUGAGCAGCCCGCCCUUCGACCAGCCUCUGAGCCGACGCUCCCGCAGAGCAUCACUGUCAGAGAUUGGAUUUGGAAAGCUGGAGACCUACAUCAAACUGGACAAACUGGGGGAGGGAACGUACGCCACAGUGUUCAAAGGGAGGAGCAAACUGACGGACAACCUGGUGGCGCUGAAGGAGAUCAGACUGGAGCAUGAAGAGGGGGCGCCAUGCACAGCUAUCAGAGAAGUGUCUUUACUGAAGGACCUGAAACACGCCAACAUUGUGACGCUGCACGACAUCAUCCACACAGAGAAGUCGCUCACACUGGUCUUCGAGUACCUGGACAAAGACCUGAAGCAGUACAUGGACGACUGUGGGAACAUCCUUAGCAUGCAAAAUGUCAAGAUCUUUCUGUACCAGAUCUUGAGAGGCUUGGCGUACUGUCACAGGCGGAAAGUUCUCCACCGAGACCUGAAGCCCCAGAAUCUUUUAAUCAACGACAGGGGAGAACUCAAACUAGCUGACUUUGGACUGGCGAGGGCCAAGUCUGUGCCCACUAAAACAUACUCUAACGAGGUGGUAACGCUGUGGUAUCGGCCUCCCGACGUACUGCUGGGCUCCUCUGAGUACUCCACACAGAUAGACAUGUGGGGUGUGGGCUGUAUAUUCUACGAGAUGGCUGCCGGCAGACCCCUGUUCCCAGGCUCCACAGUGGAGGACGAGCUGCACCUCAUCUUCAGGCUACUAGGCACUCCCACAGAGGACAACUGGCCUGGCAUCUCCUCCAUCGACGAGUUCAAGUCCUACAAGUUUCCCAAGUACAAGGCCCAGCCCCUCAUUAACCACGCUCCAAGGUUGGACACUGAUGGCAUCGACCUGCUGAUGUCAUUCCUAAAAUACGAGUCGAAAAAGAGGACCUCUGCCGAUGAAGCAAUGAGACAGCCGUACUUCAGGAGCCUGGGGCCACGCGUGCACACACUGCCAGAGAACAUAUCCAUAUUCACACUGAAGGAGGUCCAGCUGCAGAGAGAUCCCGGCUACCGGAACUCGUCGUACCCUGAGUCAGGCAACGGAAAGAUCAGAAGACAAAGCAUGCUGUUUUAGAUUCUCUGGACUGUCCCUUUUUUUUUUUUUUUGGGAAGGAUCUCCUCGCUGUACAGUAACCUGAGAUUGAUGUUGGCACUGAGCAUCAUCAUCAUCAUCAUCAUCGUCACUCCUCAGAAAUCUACUGGGGGGGGGGAAACAGGUCGACAGUGCGGCCGACCCCCUCCUCUCCAGGUUUGGCCUGAUGUUGGCCCCAAAAGAGACAUUUAUAUACUGUACAUCUGUAUUUAUUGAGAAGAGAAUUUGCUGCUAAAUACAACUACUGUCUAGAAUCCUAACUGGCUCAGUCACUUUAAUGAGUACAUGCAAUGUGUAUAGAUUUUUGUUUUUGAAGUGUGGUAUUUUUAGUGAUAUUUUUUGUCAUAAUUUCCAUUUUCAUACAAACAAAAGUGCACCUCAAAGCUCCUUGGUGUGUGUGUGUGUGUGUGUGUGUGUGUGUGUGUGUGUGUGUGUGUGUGUGUGUGUGUGUGUGUGUGUGUGUGUGUGUGUGUGUGUGUGUGUGUGUGUGUGUGUGUGUGUGUGUGUGUGUGUGUGUGUGUGUGUGUGUGUGUGUGUGUGUGUGUGUGUGUGUGUGUGUGUGUGUGUGUGUGUGUGUGUGUGUGUGUGUGUGUGUGUGUGUGUGUGUGUGUGUGUGUGUGUGUGUGUGUGUGUGUGUGUGUGUGUGUGUGUGUGUGUGUGACGUGCAGAUGGAUGUUUCUGUAGCAACUCAAAAGAGUUUGAUUUUCUGUCUUUUCUGUACACCUGUGUGUGUCUCUCACCCCGCUGCCACGGCGCUGAUCACAGCUGCAUCAUACCCGACCAUCACUCUGAAGGUUUUUUUAAGGCCAGUUUUGAUAUAACUGAUGAUUUGAUCCUAACUGGAGGCGGUUAGGAGAGCCGUGCGUUCUUGUCGGAUAUCUGCAUUAUCAUUCCAGGACGCUUUGGUCUCUUCUUGUGACCAAUGAACAAAAUGCAAGGAGUAGAAAAGAGGCGAUGUAGGAUUAUUAACAAGGGCAUUACAGGAUUAGUGACGCCUCCUAAAUUCUUCAGAAGAGAUUAAACUGCCGUGAACAACCUUCUUAUCCUUUUCCACCUCAAUCUGACACCUACAUCUGCUGCAAUCUGUUACAAAGAAGAGGCCUGAAGUGUUGGAAUCUGCUACUCUGCCUUCGUACAUUACAGAUGUGUUCCCCCCCCCGCUGUCAUUCCCAUCUCCCACCAACUGUAAAAAAAAAAACAGAUCCCUUUUUCAUUUUCUGGAUUGCCUCCGUCAUCGUGUUGCAUGCCUGCUCUGUUGUAUGAGGAAGCACACAGCCACUGAACUCCUGAGUCAGGGAGCACUAGCUAUAGUCCUGCCCCUGGUGAAUAUGAUACUGAGUCAAAGUCUAUUUAACAGUGUUACCACAGAUGUUUUGUAUGAUUUCUUUAACUUUAUUUGUGGAUUAUUGUUAUUGGUGUGGGAUUUCAUUGCAGAUACCCUCCCAUAUUUGAGUUUUUUUUUUUCCAGAGCAAAGAAAAUAAAAUUUAAAGUUUAAACAGAAA